AGUCGUCGGAUGCUAUAUUGCAUGGCGUCUGCGACAUCAAUCAAAGACUGAGUGGUUGUCGAGCAACCGUACACAGAAGGGUCAGAAUACCGACAAGCCCGUUGCAUCGGCUCCCCGUCCUUGCGCGACAUCGUGUUGCUGCAGGCCUCUUACCACCAACGAACCAUCACUAACGUUGCACAGGCGUUCCGCUCGCUCUCAAUUUCAUUGCCGCGUGUGAGUGCACCCGUGCAUCAGCGCGUCUAUGCGCGUGAAGAGCAGCGGCAGUACCGAAAUCACGACAUCCAUGUCCCUCCACUUUGAAAUGAGGAAAUGUCAUUGAAGAUGCGCAUAUCAUCCGUCAAGCGCUUGAAGUCCUUAGCUCUCGGGUCCGGAAUUCUCCUCACGUAUCCCCAGAUUGCCACCAUUGCCGGCGUUCAAGGAUUGCUCGUCUAUGCAUUAGCCUCGUCGCUACCUCUUCUCAUCUUCGGUGCGCUAGGACCGAUCAUUAGAAGAAAGUGCCCAGAAGGCUUCGUCUUGACGGAGUGGACGAGGCAGCGCUAUGGCGUCGUUGGAGGCUUGCUAUUAAGCGCAUGCACUCUUAUUUCCAUGUUCUUGUACAUGGUUUCUGAGAUUUCGGCAAUGAGGCAGAUUGUCAAUCUCCUGACGGGAUUGAACGGCUUGCCGGUUGUGAUUGUGCAGUGCGCUGUUACCACCAUCUACACAUGUAAGGGUGCAUUAAUUUGGAGUUAGUUGAGGCGAUGCUGAAAUGCGACAUGUAGCGCUCGGCGGUUUCAAAGUCUCCAUCGUAACAGACAACAUCCAAGGUGCCAUGGUCCUCGGCCUCAUCCUUCUAGGCAUCAUCGCCGUUGGUGUAGAAACGCAC